AUGGUUCCGAAACUCAAGACAUUCAGCAUUGAGGAUGAGUAUAGGGUUGUCGAGAGAAAGCUCUGCUCAUAUGAUCCCUCCAUCCCACAAGCAUUCAGCUUUGCAGUCCGCUAUCAAGUAACGGCGCUAAUGCUGGAGGGUACCAUUACUCCGUUGAAUAUCAUCAAGUUGCUGCCCUAUGUGUACCACCUAGCCAAACAGCAUGGCUCAGACUUGACUGCAAAUGCAGUUCGGCAACUAGGACAACAGAUACCCACACCAUCUCCACAAGAGGAUGCAAAGAGCUUCACAACCCAGAAGCUUGCUCAUAAUCUCCGCGAGACCAUUCUUGAAAACGAAAAACGUGAGCUGAUAGCCCGUGAGUUGAACGUCAAACAGAAGAAGCAUCAUCAUCUCGCCCUGACGUAUAAGGCUACUGUAACCCCAACUGGUAUCCUACUCCGAGGACCAGACUGGGACGUGUCAAACCGCAUUCUGAGAAAGUAUGGCACGCGUACAGAGUAUUUCAUGAGAGUCUUCUUCGCCGACGAAGAUGGACUUUCAGUAUUCCACGACCCACGAGCUUCGCAAGGCAACGUCUAUGAGCGCUUCCGCAGUGUGCUUCAACAUGGAAUCUUCGUCGCGGGACGAACUUACCAGUUUCUCGGUUUCUCCCAUGCCUCACUGCGCAGCCAUCAGGCCUGGUUUAUGGCGCCCUUUGAGAUGAAUGGAACCAUGUUCCGUGCUAGAGAUAUCAUUAGCGACCUCGGCGACUUCUCACACAUACACUGCAGUGCUCGCUGCUCAGCAAGAAUAGGCCAGGCCUUUUCCGACACCAUAUUCUCUGUUCCAGUGCCGAGUACUGCCUAUGUCACAGAGACGAAGGCCGAUAUCGCAAGGAAUGGGCGCACUUUCAGCGACGGCUGUGGGACAAUUUCACUAGAAAUUCUUCGCAAAGUCUGGAAUACUCUACCCCCGGAGCGAAAGGCUCAGAGACCAACUAUUCUGCAAAUACGCUUUCGCGGAGCAAAGGGUGUCUUGUCGCUUGAUGAGUCAUUGGUAGGCGAGCAAUUACACAUUCGCCAGAGUAUGACCAAGUACAUUGCCAAAGAAACCUGGCGCGACUUGGAACUCUGUGGUGCAGCCUACAAACCGCUGCAAGUCUUCUUGAACCAUCAGUUUAUCAAGAUCUUGGAGGAUCUUGGAGUACCGGCGAGAAAUUUCAAAGCGGUGCAAGAUGAGGCUGUCAACGCCCUGAAAAUGAUCACUGAGCAUCCGUUGAAUGCUGCUAGCUUCCUCGAAUAUUCACACUCGGGCGUAUACGCCAAGGUCCCAAGACUUUUCGAGCUCAUGCACCAGAUUGGCCUGUCCUUCCAUGCGGACCGGUUCCUGACAGACAUUGUGGAGGUAGCAGCCAUGACAAACCUGCGAAGUCUCAAGUAUCGUGCGCGGAUUCCUAUUGAACAAGGCCAUCUUUUGUACGGUAUUAUGGACGAGACGAACUUUCUUCAGGAGGGUCAGGUCUAUAUCGCAACACAAGACUACGAUAAAAGUGGCAAGCUGCGGAGAAGGAUCCUUGUCGGUGAGCGCAUCGUAAUCACCAGAGCUCCAGCCCUUCAUCCUGGUGACGUCCAGCUCGUCACUGCAGUAGAUGUCCCAGAACACUCGUCUCUCAGAGCUCUGCAUAAUUGCGUCGUCUUUUCUCAACGAGGCGCUCGCGACCUUCCUUCGCAACUUAGCGGUGGAGACCUGGAUGGGGACCUGUUUCAUAUAAUCUAUGACCAGCGUCUUAUUCCGGACUUUACUAUGCCGCCUGCAGACUACAAAUCGAAUGGGGCAAAAGACCUGGGUCGUCCGGUAGAGGUCAACGACAUUGUCGAUUUCUUCAUUGAGUACAUGAAUAUGGAUCGCCUAGGCCAGAUCUCAAACAAGCACAAGAUACGAGCUGACAAGUCCACGGGAACCAAUGAUCCAGAGUGUUUGCUACUUGCUCAGCUUGCAUCAGAUGCUGUCGACUUUAGCAAGUCUGGAAUCUCAGCCGACAUAUCGAAGAUACCUCGCGGUUUCGACCAUAUCCGUCCAGACUUUAUGGCACCUGGCACCAAUCUCGUUGUCAAUGAACUGGGCGCUGCCGAGCUAGAGGAGUUGGAGCCAGACGAUAUCGACGACCCUGAUGGCGUCAGUGUACUCGAUGCCGACAAAGCGAGGAGUCGAUACUACAAGAGUGACAAGAUCCUCGGUAUCCUCUAUCGUGACAUCGACGAAAGGAAGUUUUUCAAUAGGAUGAAGAAUGACUUUGAAACCUUCCGCAAUCGCUGGGGUGGCGAGUCCCUAAUCCAGAAGCUCAAGCGUUAUAUUCAGCGCGAGACGCGAGGAGUGAUGUGGGAUCACCAUUGGGACCUGGCUGAGCGCCUGCGUGAGACCUACGAAGCGAACAUGCUGGAGAUUAUGGAUACCCUGCGUCCUACACGUGGCGCGCCUCUCACCGAACUUGAAGUCUUCAGCGGCAGUAUUCUCGGCAAGAAGGAACGCGCGCCAUCUCGCUACAUCCGCGAGGCCAACCUCGAGGUUCAAGAGCGCUUCAACCGCGAUGUCAGUGCCAUGAUUAAACGCAUCCAACUGGGCGAUGGGGACUGGGUCGAAUACGAAGACACUGAGGCGUUGCCGCGCUCGAUUGCAUGCUUCAUGGUGGCUCUGGAGACUCAAGGGUGGGAGAACUACAGGAACUUGAAGAGUUGGAAGUAUGUGGCUGCUGCUGUGUGCUUGGAGCAGCUGUGGAAGUACAAUAAUGCUUGCCCGCCGCCACCUACCGAAAACCAUCGCUCGUCGUCGAAGACCUCGAUCCGCACCGCGAGGGAGGGCAACCUCCCUCGCGGUAUGUAA